GGCUGGGCGGGCAGCCUCCUUGGCGGCCGGGAGGCGGCGGCGCGGCCGCGGCUACUGCUGCUGCUGCUGGUGCUUCUGGGCUGCCUGGGCCGCGGCGCGGCGGCGGAGGACGCAGAAGUCAACGCCGAGAACUGGCUGCGGCUCUACGGCUACCUGCCCCAGCCCAGCCGCCACAUGUCCACCAUGCGCUCCGCCCAGAUCCUGGCCUCCGCCCUCGCCGAGAUGCAGCGCUUCUACGGGAUCCCUGUCACGGGCGUGCUCGACGAAGAGACCAAGGCGUGGAUGAAGCGGCCCCGCUGCGGGGUGCCGGACCAGUUCGGGGUGCGCGUGAAGGCCAAUCUGCGGCGGCGGCGGCGGCGCUAUGCCCUCACUGGCAGGAAGUGGAACAACCACCACCUGACCUUCAGCAUCCAGAACUACACGGAGAAGCUGGGCUGGUACCACUCGCUGGAGGCGGUGCGCAGGGCCUUCCGCGUGUGGGAGCAGGCCACGCCCCUGGUCUUCCAGGAGGUGCCCUACGAGGACAUCCGGCUGCGGCGGCAGAAGGAGGCCGACAUCAUGGUACUCUUCGCCUCCGGCUUCCACGGCGACAGCUCACCGUUUGACGGCACCGGCGGCUUUCUGGCCCACGCCUAUUUCCCUGGCCCUGGGCUGGGUGGGGAUACCCAUUUCGAUGCCGAUGAGCCCUGGACCUUCUCCAGCACUGACCUGCAUGGGAACAGCCUCUUCCUAGUAGCAGUGCACGAGCUGGGCCACGCACUGGGGCUGGAGCACUCGAGCAACCCCAGUGCCAUCAUGGCGCCCUUCUACCAGUGGAUGGACACUGACAACUUCCAGUUGCCUGAGGACGACCUCCGGGGCAUCCAGCAGCUCUACGGCACCCCAGAUGGUCAGCCACAGCCCACCCGGCCCCUCCCCACUGUGACUCCACGGCGGCCAGGCCGGCCAGACCAUCGGCCCCCCAGACCCCCGCAGCCACCACCCCCAGGUGGGAAGCCAGAGCGGCCCCCGAAGCCAGGCCCACCGGUCCAGCCCCGAGCCACAGAGCGGCCCGACCAGUACGGCCCCAACAUCUGCGACGGGGACUUUGACACGGUGGCCAUGCUGCGUGGGGAGAUGUUCGUGUUCAAGGGCCGCUGGUUCUGGCGGGUCCGGCACAACCGCGUCCUGGACAACUAUCCCAUGCCCAUCGGGCACUUCUGGCGUGGUCUGCCCGGUGACAUCAGUGCUGCCUACGAGCGCCAAGACGGGCGUUUUGUCUUUUUCAAAGGUGACCGCUACUGGCUCUUCCGAGAAGCGAACCUGGAGCCCGGCUACCCACAGCCGCUGACCAGCUAUGGCCUGGGCAUCCCCUACGACCACAUCGACACGGCCAUCUGGUGGGAGCCCACGGGUCACACCUUCUUCUUCCAAGAGGACAGGUACUGGCGCUUCAAUGAGGAGACGCAGCGUGGAGACCCGGGCUACCCCAAGCCCAUCAGUGUCUGGCAGGGGAUCCCCACCGCCCCUAAAGGGGCCUUCCUGAGCAACGAUGCAGCCUACACCUACUUCUACAAGGGCACCAAAUACUGGAAAUUCGACAACGAGCGUCUGCGGAUGGAGCCUGGCUACCCCAAGUCCAUCCUGCGGGACUUCAUGGGCUGCCAAGAGCACGUGGAGCCGGGACCCCGAUGGCCCGACGUGGCCCGCCCGCCCUUCAACCCCGACGGGGGUGCAGAGCCCGGGGCGGGCGGUGACAGCGAGGAGGGCGAGGAGGGCCACGAGGCGGGCCCGGGCGGCGGAGAGGGGGACUUUGGGGUGGGGCCGGACAAGGACGGGGGCAGCCGCGUGGUGGUGCAGAUGGAGGAGGUGACCCGGACGGUGAACAUGGUGAUGGUGCUCGUGCCCCCGCUGCUGCUGCUCCUCUGCGUCCUGGGCCUCACCUACGCCCUGGUGCAGAUGCAGCGCAAGGGCGCGCCCCGCAUGCUCCUCUACUGCAAGCGCUCUCUGCAGGAGUGGGUCUGACGCCCCGCCCCGCCCGCUCUUCACGGUGCUAGGGGGCCUGGGCUGGCCGUGGCGCCUGUGGUUCCGAGGUGGCUCCUGGGGCUCCCAGCAAGAGCCUUACAGCGGCUCCCUCAGCCCCUGGGUGGGGGCCCCUCCGGGCCUUCCAACAUCCCCGCCAGCCCUGCCUCCAUUGUUUAUUUAUGCCCAGGU